GUAUUUCUUUAAUAAGCGCCUUCUGUGUGCCGGGGCCUCUGCCAUGAUGAACUUGCGUUGCCCCUUGGAACCCAAGAAUUAGCAGAAUGCAAAUACAGCAGCAACCACAGAGGCCGUGUAGGGAGCGCGGACGGGGUAGAGCGCCGGGUGGUUAAGUAUUUUUGGCUUUGGGGAGCAUGACUACUCAAGCGUUCGCGUCAAGUGAGAAGAGCCAUAGACCAUCUACCCAUCAGGCUGUAGCCAUAGUUUGCUGACUCCUGUCAGAUCGGGGAACGCUUAAAGUCCAGGGAGAUUGGCCUUGAAGAUAGUGGGGCUAUCUGGAAGAUUCAGGUUCAUCAAUACCUGUUAACCAUAGGGCGUGCCAGUCAUCGGGAAGACAGAGCUUAAAGGCCAUGGUCACUGCUGCCCGGGGCUGGGUUUGAGCUCGGCAGGCAGAGAUGGCGGAUGAUCAGGCCCACACUGGGGAGCUGGGAGCCGGGGACCCCACGAGUGCAGACGCAGUGGAUGCUAAGCCAGACCGGUCGUCAUUUGUACCAGCACUCUUCAGUAAGAAGAAGAAAAAUGGCCCAAAACGAUCAGCCAAGGCCACCCGGGACCAGGUGCCUUCGUAUCAGUACAACAUGAAUUUUGACAAGAUGGGCAAGUGCAUCAUCAUAAACAACAAGAACUUCGAUAAAGUCACAGGUAUGGGCGUCCGGAAUGGCACAGACAAAGACGCCGAGGCCCUUUUCAAGUGCUUCCGGAGCCUGGGCUUUGAUGUGAUGGUCUACAAUGACUGCUCCUGCGCCAAGAUGCAAGAUCUGCUUCAACGAGCUUCUGAGGAGGACCAUACAAAUUCUGCCUGCUUUGCCUGCAUCUUACUGAGCCAUGGAGAAGAAAAUUUGAUUUAUGGAAAAGAUGGCGUGAUUCCCAUAAAGGAUUUGACAGCCCACUUUAGGGGGGACCGCUGCAAAACCCUGUUAGAGAAACCCAAACUCUUCUUCAUCCAGGCUUGCCGAGGGACGGAGCUCGAUGACGGAAUCCAGGCCGACUCGGGGCCCAUCAAUGACACAGACGCCAACCCCCGCCAUAAGAUCCCCGUGGAAGCUGACUUUCUCUUCGCUUAUUCCACAGUUCCAGGCUAUUAUUCCUGGAGGAACCCUGGCAGGGGCUCGUGGUUUGUGCAGGCCCUCUGCUCCAUCCUGGACGAGCACGGCAAGGAGCUGGAGAUCAUGCAGAUCCUCACCAGGGUCAACGACAGGGUGGCCAGGCACUUCGAGUCCCAGUCGGAUGACCCGCGCUUCAACGAGAAGAAGCAGAUCCCCUGCGUGGUCUCCAUGCUCACCAAAGAACUCUACUUCUGCCACUGACCAUCCCGGGCUGCCUUCUAGCCCAGAACCCACCGCGUCAUGCAUUGACAGAUCCCAUUUGGUUUUUUUUACACUCUUAAAAUAUCCAUAUAAAUUCCUUGGGAUUUUAAUUUCAGGUAAAUGUACCGGUCCAUCAGGGAAGAAACUUUCUGGUGCUGUCAUGUUCUCUGAGUUUUCAGAGACUUUUUACAACAAUGUUAUUCAUUGGAUGACUUUGUAAUUUCUUCUGGAGAUGAGUCUUCUGUUUGUGUUUCUUGCACCUUGUCAUCACACUUACUGCGUGCAGCAAACAUGACCUCUGGAGGAGAGUGUUGGCUGUGUCUCCCUGGGUGUGACACUGGUGGAGAGUCAGCCCUGUCUCCUGUCUGUACUUGGCAAAGAGAAUCCCAGUGCUUAACAGAAAACAGCUAAGGGGAAUGUUCAUGGCUCUAUUGCAGGAAGUGGGUAUGGAGUGUGGUGUGCGUGAGUUUUCACUGGAUUAGGGCAGCUUCUCAUGCAAACAUUCCCAGUUAAGUUAGAGGUGGGGAGGGAACUUAAUGAUUCUAAUUUGUAUCAGUCAGAAUCCAGUUCAGAAAAUAGAACCUGUGCUUGGUGGGUCAACAGAGGGGACUUAAUACAGGAUUGACUUAGGUGGGUGAUAAAAUGGAAGCCAAACAGCCAGAAGCUGCCACCACACCUAGGGCUAUGGGGGAAAUGGGAAAAGGUGUCCAAAGCUGGGAGUACCCACAGGACCUGGAACCAAGGAGGGGGGUGCCUGAUAGGAUCUGAGACCUCCGAGAAAUUGUGAGAAAUUGACCCACAGCAAGGCCAAAGCCACUGCCUGAGAGGGAGGCAAGGCAAGAGCUGAGCCAGAUAAGGAGAAACACCCUGGCUUGGCUCGCCUACACUGGAGUCUUCCACCAGCGCCUGACCAUUCCAGCCCUACCUGCGCACCAGCUGAAGAGGUUCCUGGGGAGUCUGAUUCUCCAUGAUACAAAGCAGAGCAAGGUGUAGGAGGGAGAAGGGGAGCAAAAACGGCUGGAAGCCCGGCCCGUCACAUGAACACAGUAAUCCUAUUCCCUGAUGUUCAUCAUUGCAUCCAUUUAGUCACUGAGUUGUCAGAUACAAUCUACAUACGUGCAAAAUAGUCUGUUCCUGCUUCAUGUGCAGAAUGCUCUGUUUGAUCUUUAAAAUAUAUUUGGAACUUUUUAGACCAUUCCAAACCUUAUUCUAAGUGAAUCUGUUACUUCUGAUUCUUUAAGUGGGGAAGAAUUUAUGGCAAAGAUUUUUGACACUUUGUUUUCAAGGUGCUGUUAUCUUUUGGAUUCUUGGUAAAUAUCUUUUUUUUUUUCCUGCCUAAUAACUGGUAACAGAUGUUAAUAUUUAUUGAUUAAAAUGUGAUUGCUUAAUUCCUAACCAGCUCAGUUUUCUUCCUUUUGAAGUUAUUUACGGCAGUAAAGAAAGGAGAAGAUGGGAUAAGAAUUGCUCCUACUGAUGUGACCUCAACACAAAAGAAGACUUGCUUUUGAAGCUAGGACACUAAUAAAGUAAACAAGUCAUCAUUUGGGAAGCCAGCAUACUCCAUACAAAGGGUUAAUCAAUUUAUGAAAGCUGUUUUGAUAAGCUGCCAUUUAUUAAUUUGGCAAAAAAAAUUAACAAUAUGGGUAGAAGUUAUCUUCUUUCACAUUAAGAAAGCUAAUUUGGAGCCAGGUUGUUAGACUUGUCUCUGGUUUCCUGCCAUCUGAAUUAGACCAAAUGUUCAAAAUUGAAGUGGAGAUCGGGAGUCUAGAAUCAAAAACAAGCAUCUAUCCUACUGUUCACAGACUGUUCUUUGAAAAAUAGUCUGUCCUGUUAAAGUCCUACCAUAGACAUAAAUGUACCUGCGUGCAUUGCAAUUUGAGGUAAAAACCGUAGCAUUCUAGUUAUUUCCCUUGUAAGCAUCAUUAAAGGGAAGGACAUGAUCCCGAGUUUCAGGGUUUUAUUUUGUUUUUAAUAUCCAUUCAUUCAUUUAUCUAUUUAUUUGAAAGGUAGAGCAACAGAGAUGGGAAAAGAGAGAUCUUCCAUCCCCUGGUUCACUCCCCAGAGACUGCAACAGCUAGGUCUGGGCCAGGCCAAAGCCAGGAGCAACAAACUCCAUCUUGGUCUCCCACAUGGUUGGAAGGGGCCCAAGUACUUGAGCCAUCCUCCACUUGGUUAGGACGUUGAGUAGCUAAUUCUUGAACUGGCACUCUGAAGCAGGAUGCUUAUAACAGGGCUUAAUCUGCUACACCACAAUGUCUGCCCCAUUGUUUAUUAACUAUGAGUUCCCAUCUACUGGUUCAUGCCCCCCAAAUGCUGCAAUGGCCUGGUCUGGCCAGACCAAAGCCAGGAACUGAGAACUCAAUCCAAACCUUCAACACGGGUGGCAGGAACACAACCACUUGAGCCAUUGCCUGCUGCCUCCCAGGGUCUGCAUUAGCAAGAACCUGGAAUCAGAGCAGAGAGGACCCAGUACACAGAUGUUCCAGUGUAGGACACAGGUGUCUUAACUACCAGGCUCAACACCCACCCCAAGAUUUUUUUUUUUUCUUAAAGAUUUAUUUAUUUGAAAGUAAGAGUUACAGAGACAGAGUGAGAAACAGAGAGAUCUUCUAUCCACUGGUUCACUUCCUAAAUGGCCACAAUGGCCAGGACUAAGUCAGGAGCCAGGAGCUUCUUCCUCAUCUCCCAUGUGGGUGGCGGGGGCCCAAGUACUUGGGCCAUCUUCUGCUGCUUUUCCCAGGCACAUUAGCAGCGACCUGGAUUGGAAGUAGAGCAGCCCAGACACAAACUGGUGCCCAUAUGGGAUGCUAGCAUCAUAGACAGCAGCUUUACCAGCAAUGCCACAACAUCCGCCCAUCACACACACACCUUUUAAUUCUUUCACAAAUUAUAGUUUAUAAAUUAAUAUUACCUUGCUGGCGCCGUGGCUCAACAGGCUAAUCCUCCACCUUGCGGCGCCAGCACCCCGGGUUCUAGUUCCGGUCAGGGCGCUGGAUUCUGUCCUUGUUGCCCCUCUUCCAGGCCAGCUCUCUGCUGUGGCUAGGGAGUGCAGUGGAGGAUGGCCCAAGUGCUUGGGCCCUGCACCCCAUGGGAGACCAGGAUAAGCACCUGGCUCCUGGCUUUGGAUCAGCGCGGUGUGGCGGCCAUUGGAGGGUGAACCAACGGCAAAAAGGAAGACCUUUCUCUCUGUCUCUCUCUCUGUCCACUCUGUCAAAAAAAAAAAAAAAAAAAGAAAGAAAAGUCUUUCAUCUUGGGGCCUGCGCUGUGGCACAGCGGGUUAAAGCCCUGGCCUGAAGCGCCGGCAUCCCAUAUGGGACCCAGUUCUAGUCCCGGCUGCUCGUCUUCUGAUCCAGCUCUCUGCUAUGGCCUGGGAUAGCAGUAGAAGAUGGCCCAUCGUGUGGGAGACCCAGAAAAAGCUCCUGGUACCUGGCUUCAGAUCAGCCCAGCUCCAGCCAUUAUGGGUAUUUGGGAAGUCAACCAGCAGAUGGAAGACCUUUCUCUCUCCCUCUCUCUGUAACUCUGCCUCUCAAAUAAAUAAAUAAAUCUUAAGAGAGAGAGAAAGAAAAGAAAGGAAGGAAGGAGGGAGGGAAGGAGGGAAUUGGUUCCAGGACCCUCACAGAUACCAAAGUCAGCAAUUGUUCAAGCCCCUCAUAUAACAAUGGCGUGGUAUUUCCAUAUAGCCUAUACACACCCUCCCAUAAUAUCACUAUAAUCCAAAUGCUAUGUAAAUAGUGUUUACUGUGUUAUCCAGGGAAUGAGGAGGAAGAAAUAUUCUGUACUUGUUCAGUGCAAGUGUAGUUUUUCUUUCAAAUAGUUUUGAUUUGUAAUUGAUUGAAUCCAUGGACAGGGUAUGGUAGGGUAUGGAGCUCCAACUCCGACAGAGCAGCGCACCCGCAGCGGGCAGCAGCACUGGAACCCCUCCUUUCUGGAGAAACGCGAUCCUUGAGUUCUUCAAAGAUUGGCCAAUCCAAGGGUUCUCUUCCUGUGCACCUUGUAGAAGCCACGCUGGGCGUGAGCAUGAACUGUCUGCGUCAGCACCCUCCAGGAGCUUGUCAGAAAUGGAGACUCGGGCCCCAUCCCAGACCCACUCUCCAAGAAUCUGCAUUUUAACCAGUUCCCAACAUGGUCCUUGCUCAAGACAGAAGCUCUGUUGUGAGGACAAAGCCCACAGUUUUCCAAGCUUUUCUUGCCCCUCUCCACUGAACAUGGGACACGGAACAAAAUCAGCAAAGAAACCCACAGAAGGUGUAUUUUCAAGCAUCUCUUAAAUCAAAAUAAA